AUGCCCGCAAAGGAACUCAAUAAGCCAUGCAUGGAGUGCAAGGAUGCAGAAUCCGAACUCACUGUCCGCCAGAGGCAGCUUUGCAGUUCCUGUUUUAAACGUUUUAUCGCACACAAGGUCCAAUCGCGCCUGAGUGUCUACAGAGCCUUCGGCUUGAACGGCCCCCGAAACCAGUUGCUUCUCCCUCUAUCUUUCGGUGUUUCCUCCUCGGUUUUGCUACAUAUAUUGUAUGCCGAUCGCCAGUAUCGCCUGAAUGAUGGACGCCCCCUGGGCUAUGAUUUCCAUAUUCUCGUCAUUGAGCCGUCAACUGUCACGGCCACAGGAGCGCCAUUUGAUCAAAACUACGAAGUCCUUCAGAAGAACUUCUCAAUGCCCACUCUCACCCGGAUACCCUUCCACGCCAUCUUCGAGUAUGUCCCAGAGAUGGAAGAUAUCAUGAAAGAAUAUGCGGGACCACAGUUCACAGACGACAGCUCGCGGUCGAAUGAAGAACGCUUGGCUGCGUUCCGUGCAUCUAUUUCCACCGCUACCUCCAAGACUGAUGUCGACACCAUUUUGAUGACCAGACUAGUCGUUGAAUUUGCGAAAAAGACCGGAUGUGAAUCUGUUAUGUGGGGUGAUUCAGACAGCCGUCUCGCUGCGAAGGCACUGGCAGGUGUUGCCAAAGGACGUGGGGCUUCCCUGACUUGGCAGGUAUCCGACGGCAUGACUCCUUGGGGCGUCAGAUUCGAGUACCCGCUCCGUGAUCUGUAUAAGGCUGAGUUGCUCCAGUAUGAAAGUGUCUGUUCGGAGCUCUCUGAUCUCGUCAUACCGGAUCAACCGCCCUCGGAGAAUAUCCUUACCAAGAAUCUCUCAAUUGACGAGCUGAUGCUGCGGUAUGUUCAGAACCAAGGCGCAAAGUACCCGGGUGUCAUGGCGAACGUUGCUCGAACUGCAAACAAACUCAACCCCUCUGUUUCUGACAGUGCACCAACAUGUGCUCUUUGCGCUGGUCUACUGGGAAAUGUCAAGGGCAACUCAGGUGUCACUGUUGCGAAUCAGGCAGAGGAUAACCACAGCUCUCAGUUUUGCUACGGAUGCAUGCGCUCUCGGCCUGGCGAUAUUUGCUGA